AGGAAGCAAAUGGUGAAGUCCCUCCAAGAGAUAGCCAAUGUAAUUUCAUCAUCAAUCAUCCUUUAGAAACCAUUGAGUGAAUUACAAUAUGUUGAGUUAUUGGAUUGGUUUGAGGAUUAUUGCAUUUAAUAGGCCAAGAAAUUUUAAUAAUUAAAAAACAGAAGCUUAUUCACAAAAUCAAUAUAAGCAAUCAAGAAUGAUCAGGCUAGAGAUUAGAGUGAACAUUAAAAUAAAUAAUUCACCUAGCCAGUUCAUAAGAAAGUCAAAAUUAACGAAGAAAAUGACAAUAAUAAUGAUGAGUAAAAAGUGAAACCAGAAAUUGAAGAUGAGCCUGAAUCCAUGUCAGAAGAGAACUAAUCAAAUUAAAAGUACAAUUAAUUUGUAUUUAAUAUUUAGUUAAGCUGACUAAUUGAUGUUACUCUUACUAUUGACAGCAGUAAAUCAAUAAUCUAAAGUUAUAGAUACUCAAUCUUAGGUAAAAGUACAUAAUUUAUUUAUUAAAUUUAAAUAGCAGAAAACUAACAUUAUCAAUGAAAGAUGCAGGUACUUUCCCAAUUGUACCAACAAGCAUUGUCAAUAUAUUCAUCCAAAAAUUAAAGUAGAUCAAUUUAAUAUUCAUUUAGUGCAAAUAUUUUCCUUAUUGUAACAAGGGAACUCAAUGCAUUUAUGUCCAUCAGCAAUGUAAACAUGGAAUUCAUUGCAAAAACCAAUAAUGCAGUUAUGAACAUCCAUACAAAAAAAAAUGAUAUCAUAUGAAAUAAAUAAUUA